AUGGAGGAGGAGGGUAAUCAAGAUAAUGAUCCAAAUGUUACUCAUCUUGUGGCAAACAAUAAUGAGGUGAUCUUGAAUUCUAGUAGCCAAGUUAAUGUGUUUCUAGAUUGUUCAACUACAAAUCAACUUGGGGUUAUGAGUUCUAAAGAAAAGAGUGUUAUUGUGGAUUCCACAAAUCAAAUCGAUGAAGAUGUGAAAUCCUUCGCUAUUAUUAUAGGUUUGACGAAUUUCGUGCUUACGGUGGCUGGUGUGAGUGCGGUGGUGCUUCUUCUAAGGAGCGACGUGAAGCAAUCUGCCAACAUAUUCAGGUGCAACGUUAAGCACAUCCGUAACUGGCUCGAAGAAGAAACCGCUGCUUCUUCCAAGGAAAUGCAAAAAUCUGCAAAAGAAUUGGAAUCAAAGGUGCCUCCAAAAGAGAGUCCUAAGGAGGACAAGCACUAGAUCUUUAUGCAAAGUGAUGGAGUUUGUUUAGUG